AUUACAUCACCAGAAUUUUCUCCACGCACUCAAACGAUGAGUUGUAAACAUAGGUCUAAUAAGACGUGGCGAGAGUGAAAUAGACCAAUGAUGUUAUAAUUUGUUAGGUCUAUGUGUUUGUAUGGGAACUGUGACAUGUGCUGACAGAAUGUAAGCAUACACCUUCAACUUUAAAACCAUUGUACAGGUUGCAGAAACCAUGUUGCUCUCCAUGAACAGAGAAUUCCGUCUCUUCUUCAAAAGGAGAAAAAAGAGAAUAUUGCAAAUUCUGUGUUGCGGAUUGGACAAGGAGAUAAUGACUGCCAUAUACCUGUGCUCUUUCCUUGUUGCCUCUCUUUUUCUGGUGAUUUGGCAGCUAAGUCGAGACAAAUGUCAUACAGAAAAAGUGGUCAAACAGUUGUGUCAGGACUAUAAAGAGGGCCAAAUAGCUGGUUCAUGGUGCCAUGCUCUUUGUGUAGAUGAAAUUGUGCAACUCCACAGCUGUCAUCAUCAAAAUGGUCCAUUACUGACAUUCCAAUAUGAAGACACAGUUGUCAAACUACCUCAUUCUUACAAGACUUCUCUACCACAUUCCCACCUUCCUGAACCAUUGUCAAUGAAGCAGUUCCAUGAUAUGCUACACAAAUUUCUGCAUUCCAAACUAGGAAAAGUUGACUUUUCUAGGUUGUUACAAAAGAUUGACAAAUAUGCUGACUUCAAUAACAAUGGGCAGUUAACCUAUGGGGAAGCAAACUCAAUGUGGCAACUUCUCAACAUCCAUGAGUUUUUCAUACUUUUUAUCUUUGAUGGAGAUCCAAUAUUUCCCCUGAAAAAUGGCACUUGUGGGCCGAUGUAUGCCUAUCAGCACAUGAAAGCCAGUCCUCUAUUUAACAAGCACAACAAGACGUUUUUGGAUAAUUUUUUCUCAAACACAUAUCGAUGGAUGUUCCCCUCAUGGGACAAGCGAGUUAAUGUGGCAGUGGGGUUGCUAGAAUAUGGCAUUACAUUUUCUGAGACCUACAAUUCAAAGUUCUACAUGUGUGAUUAUGUGGAGCAGUGUUUUGGCUAUACACAGCAGUAUGAAGUUAGUUUAGUUUCUUUUGAAAACAUUAUGUCAGAACACAUGAUAGGGAAUAUUCUAGAGGAAAAGAAGUGUUCAAAAGACUCACAUUGCCAAUAUCAAAAUCUUUGUCAUUCACUGUGCAAUAAAAAGAUAGGACGCUGUACUAAUGAAGUUAGGGGACCAUCUCAAACUUCCGUUUGUGAAGUACUUAGAGAUUAUGUUUUGUUUGAUGCACCAGCUCCUGUACAAGCAAACCUGCAUGAUUUGUUAAGGAAAUGUGAUAGAAUAGGUCAGAAAAUUGAUAAAACGGGGAACAAUGUUGAGUUGAAUCAGCUGAAUGUUUGGUACAACACAGUUUUGUUUGACAUCCAGGAACUUCUAUGGGAUAAAAUAAAAAACAAACCUGCUAACUGGCUCCAUCCACCCAAGCCAAAGAAAAAGCCAAAAACACAUCCCAAGAACACUGGUCAAUAAAGGUAUUGUGUGUUACUUGUAUUAAAGGUCUUUUUUGUUUUUAAUUUAUUUCAGAAUUUAAUAUAUUUAUCAGCAAUGUUGCAAGCUUAUGUCAGGAGAAUAUGUGAAUUUUUACUUGUCUGUUAUUUACCAUUUUUCAUAUGGGCUGCUCAUUUUUCAUCACAUGAUGAUUAAACAUUUUUUUUUUAAUGUAAAAAUGUAGCAACUACCCAGUGUACCUUGGGUGAGCAAUGGGGUUUGUUGCAUUAUUACUGUGAAGCAGUGUGCUUUUUGUAAAUUUUUUGUUAGAUUGUUUGUCUGUCUGUUUGUUUAUUUUCUUUGUAAUGACCAGCAACAUAUCAUUGACUGUGUGUCUUUUUAAAAUGCUGUGCUAUGUCAUUUUUGAGAGGCGGGAAAUUGUUUUCAUUAAUACAGGAAUAGAUAUAUAUUGUAUUUUUUUGUUCAUCGUUGCCAAAAUUGUAAGUCGAAUUGUGUUCAUUUUCAGCAAUAAUAGCUUAGUUGAUUUUUGGUGCUGUUUUUAUUUGACAUCCUAGUCAGUGCGUGUAAUGAAUAACUUUAAGUAUUGUGAUUUUAAUUUUAUCUGUAUUGUAGUGCCUCUACACAUAGAUCUCACUGAUUUUAGAAAUGUAGUGUAGGUGUAGUGUGAAAACAUAUUGCUUUUAGAUGUUAGUAGUCCAGUGUAGAAUUUCUUCCGUUCAAUUUUUAAAGAUAAUUAUUUUCUUUUUAUUUUAUAUAUAGAUGAUAUUUUUAAUUUAUAGAUAAUAUAUGGGCCAUUUCAACUUUGUGCCAAAUACAGAAAUCAAAAUAUUGAAGAAUGUUUACACUGUUAUUGAAUGCACAAAUGAAUCUUUAAAUUUGUUACAUGUUUUUGUUAAAUUAUCCAGGCUAUUUAAUGUCAUAUUUGAUUAUCUCAUAGUUACACAUAUUACAUGUACAUGUAUAUAUAUUCUGGUGAUGGAGGGCAAUUUUUGCACAAAUGGUUUAAUUUUAAUUAAGUGUUGUCAAAAAGACCAGGUAUUAUAGAAUAUCAAGUCACAAAUGAGACCAACUCUUGGGUCUUCUUUUUUAACAAAAUCUUCUAAAAUGUGAUUAUAAGUAUUUACCAUAUUAUACAAGUACAGUACAAUGUUCAUUUUGGGAGUGAUUUUACCAUGUACAUGUUCUAUACAAUACACAUUUUGUGAGAGAAUCUAAAUGAGUGCCAUGGAUAAAUCUUCCUUUAGCCACAAAAUGAUAUAUGGUUAAUAUUUAUAUAAAUAACAUGUAUUUAUGAGUAAUGUUAAUUAUGAUUUAAAUUUAUUGAAUAUUGUUCAAAACAAGCUUUAUUUUUCUCAACACGAGUCCAUAUUAAGAUAAUCAUGAAGUGAACAAUAUUUGUGUACAUCUAAUUUGACAUACCGGUACAUGUAAUUACAUGUACAGCCACACUACUACAUAAUGAUUCAUCUAGUCAGUAUUUUUUUAUUUACAUGGUUUGUGUCAGUAUUUGAGUUACAUAUUUUACUGAAAACUGCAAUGGAAGUUAUGCGCUAUUAUAGGUAAUAGGCAAGAUGAUUUGUAGAAUAGCUCCCUCUCUCUUUCUCUCUCUCUCACAAAAAUGUUAUUGUUAAUAUGGAUUUUGCCUUGACAAAUAAGUGUUCAUGGUACUAGCUUGUAUUUUUAUUUAAUUUUUCAUCUUGAAAUUUUUGCCUGAUUAAGGAGACAGGAGAAUUUGUAGUACUCCGUUUGUCAUAUUGAAUGAAAACAUUAAAUCAAAGUUAAAAUUUUAAAAAUUCAGGGAAGUUAACUCAGCUGUCCUGACUCAAUAUUCAUAAAAGAUACAUUUUCAUUAAAUUAUAUUCAUUUAAGGUUAAACUUCAUAUUUGUGGAGAUUGAUUAUUAGUGGCAUGUAAAGCCAAUGCAAUUUUCUUAAGAUUGCUGUCAUAACCAAAUAACUUGCUCCUAAAAAAAACAAAAAACAAAAAAGCACCCCAGUCUUUCCAUAAUUUACAUUUAUGUUAAAUGUGAGAAAACCCCCCAGAUAUAUAAUACUUUUGGUAUUAGGAAUUCAUAGACUGUUCAAUAUUUUUUUUUGUUUACAUAUAAUAAAUUAUGAUUUAUGACCAUUUGAUGUCAGUGGCAUGCAAUUUAAAGAUGAGGGUGUGGCUUGUCCUCAACUAUUGAAUAUUCACCGGUCCAUCUUGAG